CUUGGGAGUUGGGGGCGGGGAGCUCAUUUGUGCCAACUUUGUUUUUCGUGUUUAUUACACCCAGAGGUGGCGGGUCGGUGGCAUCCGAGGGCAGAGUGUGUACGUGGGGCGUGGGUCUAAGGCGCCCGCUUGGUAGCGCGUCCCCGUGUUUCCGCGUUCUCGUGGGCAGCCGCAAGCUUCGCUUUCCCGGAGCUUUUCAGAUCACGAGUGUCGAGGGCCGAGGGAAGCAAAGAUAACUGGCGUCCCGGCAGCGUCCUGGCUGCAUCCCUGUCCUAGCAGUGUGUCCUCAAGGUUCCGCGAGACGCAGUGACCCCUGAAGGCGUCCUGGAGCAGCGCUGGCGAGCUCUACUGGCCUGACUGCGGGAAGCAAGGCGCGGUGCAGAUGAGGAACCCUGGGCUAGGGAGAGGUGACCCGUGUUCCUGGAGGUGGUCAGGACAGUUUCGUGGUUGCUUGGGAGCUGUAGGAAAUUGUUCCUCGGGAGAGAAGAGGACGUUUGCACCUUUGCGGUGUGACUUUACAAAAUAAGUGCUCUCUGAGGGAGGGUAAGGGCCAGGAGAGGCACUGGUAGCCAGGUGUCCUCAUUGGGGCAGUAAAGACUGAACCUAGGCGUUCCCUGGCUCUUCUCAGUUCCCCAAAGACUCUUACAUGAACCGUGAGAACCCCAUCUUCACAUCCAACUGCCCUGGACUUGUCAAGUGGCAGACAAAACAUUUUGCCGGUGUAUGCAAGCACACUCUACCUGAAGUCCAUCUACCUGUUGUCCUGGAAUUGGAGCAAUUCCCUGACCAGAUAAACUCUUUCAGACCCCCAGCUGGCUAUGUGAUGAAUUCAAGGAUCGAGCCCAGUGGUACAACGGCCAUUGGAGAGCUGUGUUUUGAGCACGUUCAUUCCAUACCUGGAAAAAUGGUGUCCCAGUCCACAGGUUGGGGAGACUAUCCUGUGGACCCCUAUGAAGGGACGAGCCGUGCCUUUCAGGACACUGAUGGCUUGCCCAGCCUCCUGAACACUGACCAAGCUGCUUGCCAAUUAGAUGUGAGGUUCCUAAGACACAAAGCUUCCUGGAUCAACCCACUGUGUAUGCAGCAGCCACUUCAAGAAUUAUGCUCCCAAAGACCAACCGUGCAGACCAGUGAGAACCGCGUGGUGGUGGACACUCCCUCUCCUUUGCGCCUUUCGAUAUUGUCCUCCAGGAACUCCCUGGCUGAGAUGCCAUUGUCUGAGGAUACUGCUGAUGUCAUCUGCAGCAACUCUGCUCAUUGCUCUGGGGGAAAGAAGGAUGACUUCUUCCUGGCUACAGAAGAGCAACAGGUUCAUCCUCAACAGGAAUCUCUGCUCAAAAACCCCAAGACUGUGGCCACUUCCCCAUCCCCUGAGGAGGACGGUGCCUGUGCUGAGUCUCCUCAUUUGACAGCUUCUACAGAUAACGGUGAUGCUCAAAGCAGCAGCAGAAGCCAUGCUUGGAAUUUCUUCCCACUAGAGACGUUCAUGCUGCCUGCUGGCGUGGAAAAGGAAAAUCUCCACUUUUAUGCUGCAGACAUGACUAUCUCAGUAAUAGAGAAUAUGAAGUGCAGCCUCUUGAGUCAGCAGCAGUCAGAGAUCUGGGGCACAGGAGAGGCCAGCAGGUCACGUGGGACUGGAGCAGAAGUGACCUUCUCUACCCAUGCAGAGCAGGAGCCAGGCUCCUGGGCUUCUUCACACACUGGCUGCAAAGGUUGUGCUGCACUCCAGGUCAGCCCAGUGGCUGAGACCCUUUCUUACUGUCCUGUGGUGGGAGAGGCCUGCAAACAUGACUUGAACAAAUUGGUCAUGUUAGAACUUGGGGAAUCUAAGAAAGUCAAGGAAGGCUGCGGAUGCUCCUAUAACUCUUUAAAGAGUGCAACUUGCGAGUCAAACCUCAGUCCCACUGGCCUCUUAGCCAGGGAGUUGUUCCGAGGGUUCUGUAAGUACCGGAUGCUGUCAGAAGUCAAUUGCCGGCUGCCAGGCUUCCCGACAGCAGCUAGUUCAGGAGUUGGGGAUGAAGAACAUGCUGAGGAAGACUUUGACUCCAGUGUGGAUGCAACACAGGAAGUCAUGCUUAAGUCUAGGGUCCCGGGGACUGAAGACUGGGUGCCCCCUCGAUGCCAAAUCAUACUUACUGUUCACCCACCAAUCAAGCGGGACAUAGCCGUAGUGGCCCAGAACUUCUUCUGUGCUGGAUGUGGGACUCCAAUACAGCCCAAGUUUGUGAAGCGGCUCCGGUACUGUGAGUAUCUCGGGAAGUACUUCUGUGACAGCUGCCACUCAUCUGCAGAGUCCUGUAUCCCUGCGCGAAUCCUGAUGAUGUGGGACUUCAGGAAGUACCAAGUCAGCGAUUUCUCUAAAUGGCUGCUGGACAGUGUAUGGCAUCAGCCUGUCUUCAACCUGUCAGGCGGUCAUCACAGCCUCUAUGCAAAAGCUAAGGAACUGGAUAGGGUGAAGGACAUCCAGGAACAACUUUUUCAUAUCAAGAAGCUGUUGAAGACUUGCAGGUUUGCUGACAGUGUGCUGAAGGAGUUUGAGCAGGUUCCCAGCCACUUGACUGAUGAGUGCCACAUAUUCUCCAUGGACGACUUCCUCAGGACCAAGAAAGGACUGUUGGCACCUUUGCUCAAAGACAUCUUGAGAGCUUCUCUUGCCCACGUGGACAGCUGUGAGCUGUGCCAGGGGAAGGGCUUCAUCUGUGAGUUUUGCCAGAGCACGACUGUCAUCUUCCCAUUUCAGACCACGACUUGUACCAGAUGUGCAGGGUGCAGGGCCUGCUUUCACAAACAGUGUUUCCAGUCUUCGAGAUGCCCCCGCUGUGCCAGGAUGACAGCCCGGAGACAACAUUUGGAGAGCUUGUCCCCUGCAGCGACAUGAUGGCUCAAAGUUGCCCCAAGCAUCUCUUGACAUUACCAAAUUGUGUCUGCUCCUGGUAACAUUGUUUCAGAUGCUAAGUAUUUUGUAAUAAGAAAAAGAGGGCCAAAAUUCCCCUCUUGUGUGUAUGUAUUUAAUGCUUUCAGGGAGUAUAGAAGUUUUGUUAUUAGUAAUAGGGUUGUUAAUAAGGGUUUGUUUACAAUUGUUUGACAUGGUUUUGCUGCUACUGGCUGUUUUUUAAAUAAGUCUUUUUUCAUUUAAGUUGCACUGGUAUAUAUAUAUAUAUAUAUAUAUUUUUAUGUUAAAUACAGAACCUUUUUUUUUUUUUUAAUGAACUGUAACUGACAAGGUAAUGUAGUGUUUGUGAAAUGGAUUGGUGCCACAAGGAAGCAAAGGGCCACAUGAAUUCUGUUUGGCUAAGUUUUUGUUAAAAACUACUGUUGAAUGUUG